CUUUUUACCUUUAAGUAUUCCUUCACAUUUGCACCAGUUCUUCUGUCCUCAUCACCUUCUCAAAAACCCAUCUCCGGGAAAUGAAGACCUUCACUUGUUUCUUUAUCUUGGCUACUUUGCUUCUAUCAGAAUCACUCUCCACUGCGACCCGACCCGAACCCAACUCAUCCAAUGGCAAGCCCACCAACGCGAGAAACAAAGCAGAUGGAAGUGGAAACGAUGCUGGGAUUGGCGGAUUCUUUGGGCCUGGAUCCGGGUUUGGGAUACCCGGGCUUGGAAAAGGACGGGGAAAUGAGAUUAUGGGUGGCGGGUAUGGAGCUGGGUUUGGAGGUCCAAAUGGAGGGUUUUCAAAAGGUGGUAUCAUAAGGCCUACCGUAGUGUGCAAAGAAAGGGGUCCUUGUUACAAGAAAAAGCUCACAUGUCCUGCCAAGUGUUUCACCACCUACAGCCGGUCGGGGAAGGGAUAUGGAGCUGGCGGUGGCAGUGGUAGCUGCACCAUGGACUGUAAGAAGAAGUGUAUUGCUUAUUGUUAGAGGAAGAGGAAAGCGUUGAAGGCGGUGGCCGGUGAUAAUUUCUGCUAUGUAUUAGUAGUAGUAUAGUUGAAGAAUGUUAUCUAGUUUAAUCUUGAGGAUUUAUUUUAUAUAUAAAAAUUAUAUAAUAUAUACACAUAAUUAAAAACUCUUAUGAGUUGCUAUUUUUGAGAUUUA